CGAAGAGAGAUACAGUGGAUACAACUGUGAAGGAGAGGAAGAUUCCCGUUUUCUAUCAGUUUCUAAUAAACAGGCCGCUGUCUUUGUUUUACACACGCAACACUACAUCAGUCUUGGCAGAUCUGUUUCUCUGUUAGUGAAGCUCCUUCUCCUUCAUUUCACCUAUAAAUACUGCAAUAUUCCCAUCAGUCUACAAGUGAGGACGAGCAUCAGACCUUCAGACAGAAGUCAAAUCUGAGUUUAUUGAAGGACAGUGGGAAGAUGAGUGAUCCAGAACCCUGCAGAAUUACAGAUGAAGACACUGAAGAACAAACAGACCUUAUUGAAGAGAAUGAGGAGAGUGAAGAUGAUGAACUCCUAAAAGCUGGGAAAACACCUCAUUUACAGACUGAAGAUACUUUAAUGCAAAGAGACAAGAAUCGUUCGACCUGCAGUCAGUGUGGAAAGAGUCUGGCAAACAAAAAGAGUCUUAAAGAACACAUGAAGAUCCACACUGGAGAGAAACCAUUCACAUGCACUCAGUGUGGGACAAGUUUCAGUCACUUAUCAACCCUUAAUAAACACAUGAUGAUCCACACUGGAGAGAAACCAUACACGUGCACUCAGUGUGGGACAAGAUUCAGUCGCUUAUCAAACCUUUAUAAACACAUGAAGAUCCACACUGGAGAGAAAACCCACAGAUGUGAUCAAUGCGGUAAAACAUUUUUGAGGUUAUCAGGGCUGCAAGACCAUCUCAGAACUCAUACAAAGGAGAAGCCUUAUUCAUGCUCUGAGUGUGGACUGAGUUUUGCACAGCUGGCACAUUUAUGGCAACAUAAGAAGAUCCACACGGGUGUGAAACAGUAUAUGUGCUUUGAGUGUACGAAGACUUUUUUUACAGCUUCAGAAUUGAAAGAGCACCAGAAGAUCCACACUGGAGCAAAACCGUUCACAUGCACUCAGUGUGGGAAGAGUUUCAGACACUCGUCAUCCUUUAAAAAACACAGGAUGGUCCACACUGGGGAGAAACCAUUCACGUGCACUCAGUGCGGGAGGAGUUUUAGGCAAUCACACGCCCUUAAUCAACACAUGAUGAUCCACACUGGAGAGAAACCAUUCACGUGCACUCAGUGUGGGAAGAGUUUCAGACGUUCAUCAUCCCUUAAUGAACACACGAUGAUCCACACUGGAGAGAAAACCCACAGAUGUGAUCAAUGUGACAAAACAUUUUUUAGGGUGUCAGGGCUGAGAGUCCAUCUCAGAACUCAUACAAAGGAGAAGAUUGUUGAUGAUUAUUGAAGUGGUUCUGACACCUGAUCCUCUCUGACACAAGCAAACGCGAGAGUGAAGCAUGAAUAAACAAAGAAGGAACCGGAAAAAACAAUGGAGCAAAUGAUUCAUUCAGCAGCCAUGAACAAACUGCCAUGUUUAACUAUUAUUAUCAGCACCUUCUGGACUAUUAUGAACCGGGAAUGACAGAAUUACUCUCUAACAGAGGCUACAUGUGCUGCUGAAGAUUACAGACACAGAUAAGAGGUUUGCUCUGACUGUAGGCUAUAUUUUGUGUUGUUUUUUUAACCUCAAACAUAUCAGAGACUGAGGGUCUGUAUGUGUGUAUAUAUGCUGUAUUUAUAUAUUUAUGUUAUAUAAUUGCAGACGUUACAGUAGGCUGUUUCGCACGUCAUUGAUCUACAGUUAUAAUCAAGUCAUGUUGAUAGAAAGGUUAGUAAUAAACAUUUAUACAGUAUUGAUGUGUGUAAAGCAUCUGUUUUGUGAGAAGUGCUUCUCAUAUGAUAUGUGAAUGACACGUCCAGCUUUAUUGUAGACAUUUUCUUGAGCGAGAAUGACGUUGACUGAAACUUUCUGCCAUACACCAUUGGUACCCUUUUAGCAGUGGAAACACAAUUAAGCCUUAUAAAGGUGACCCGUACUGAAGGCUACUCUACUGUACCAUUCAAUGGAAAUGGCCCUACUGAAAAAAAACAGCUUAAACCAGCCUAAGCUGGUUGGCUGGUUUUAGCUGGUUGACCAGCCUGGUUUUAGAGCUGUUUUGGCCAUUUCCAGGCUGGUUUCCAGCCAUUUCCAGCCUGGUCUUAGCUGGUCAGGCUGGAAAAUGACCAGCUUGACCAGCCUGAUUUAAGCUGGAUAUAUCUGGUUUUGGCUAGGCUGGUCAAGCUGGUUUUAGCUGGUCAUCUCCCUGCCUGGAUCUUUUCCUUGCUUCCCUCAUACCGAGCUCCGUCAUCACCUCCCCCGCCGAGAGCAGCUUUAAUCGGCCAGUCCAUCACGGAUGUACCGCUGGAUUGCAUCUGUCCAUUGUAGUUAAAACAUGAUAUUUAAUACAUCUUGUGUAUAUCUAACAGUCUUAUAAAUCUAUUAUUUGUUCUUA